AUGGCUCCCCCAGAAGCAACUCAGAACACGCCGCUCGCGCCGUCAGUCGAGAAGGCCUACUAUCGCAAGUGCAUCGAGCUCAAGCGCCGCUUGAACGACGUCGAAGAAGCCAACGAUGCCGCUCGUCAGCGCAAGGCUCGUCUGAACAGGGCAAUCAUGAAGAUGCGCCUCGAACGCGCCUUCCUGCUCGAACAGCUCGCGAAGCGUCUACAGAACACGUCCGACGGCCCGGAAAAGACCACCAUCAACACCACCAACAGCGACUAG